GUGUGUCAAGUCGCAUCGCCAGUCUCUUUUUCACUCUCCGUAAGAAAAGACGGGCGGCGCGAUUGCCUCAAGAGUGAGCAAACGCGACAGUUCGAGAAAUACCGGGCGUGCAACAUUGCCUCACACCCUUAUACACUUUUGGCGGUGAAACUUUUAGGUUGGUUUUCUAUUCCCGAGACGGAUUACACGGUGAUGCUUGACGAUUAGUGCACCGGUUUAUUUUAUUUGCUGUUGGGACAUAAGGAACCGAAGCGAUGUUACGUUUGUUUAUGGUGUCGUGGUUCAUUGCCACUACUUGGGCGGGAUGUCCGCUGAGCCCAACGCCCGAGCAAACUUCCGCCGACCGGCUUCCCGGAGACGGUGGUUAUCGCAUACUCGUCAGUGGUAACUACGAUAAGUACAUCCCAAAUGCAGUUUAUACAAUCAGUCUGCAAGGUCCUUCAGAUUACGAAAGGCCAAAGCAAUUCAAAAGGUUUACUCUAUCUGUGGAUUCGCAAAACGCGCCAUUCAAUCUAGCUACACGAGUUGGCUUUUUCCAGAUAUUCCCCAACUCCUUGAUAGAGUUCAAUGAGGAGUGCGUCAAUACAGUCUCUGAGGUAUCAGAUUAUCCAAAAACUGAGGUACAAGUGAUGUGGCGGGCACCGCCCGCAGGAUCUGGUUGCGUCAUUUUCACCGCGAUGGUCAUGGAGAAUUCACAUCGCUGGUUCGCCGAAGAUAGCAAACUUAGUAAGACCUUCUGCGAAAUGAGUACCAAUGAAACUGAGAGCCUCGAUGAACUUCGUUGUUGUGCCUGCGACGACGCCAAGUACAAAUUGGUGUUGGAAGGUCUAUGGUCGAGUAAAACUCAUCCUAAGGAUUUCCCAGAACAGGUUUGGUUAACGCACUUUAGCGACCUUGUUGGCGCGUCGCACGAGACGAAUUUCUCAUUUUGGGGACGGGAGCAAAUAGCCACCGAUGGAUUCCGCCAAUUAGCAGAGUGGGGCUCGGCGUCUGGGCUCGAGGCUGAAAUGCGUAAUAACGCACAAUAUUUGAGGACCUACAUUAAGGCACCUGGACUUUGGUAUCCCAAUGUCAAUACCAAUACCAGUGCUACUUUCAACGUGGAUCGUAAGCAUCCACUAGUCUCAGUGGCUUCGAUGUUUGGCCCUUCACCAGACUGGGUAGUCGGCGUAAGCAAGUUAAACCUGUGUCAACGUGAUUGUACAUGGAUCAAGGGUAUGGCAAUUGAUCUAUACCCGUGGGAUGCUGGUACCGAUAGUGGAAUAACUUAUAUGUCACCUAAUGCCGAAACUAAUCCUCGCGAAUAUAUGAAACCCAUUACUACAAUGUAUCCCGAAGAUCCAAGGGCGCCGUUUUACGAUCCGUCUGGUCAACCUAUGCUGCCGCUUGCGAGAUUGUACCUCGACAGGGAGGAGAUUAAGAAACGCAGCUGUGAUGAUAGCGAUUUGGAGGAUCUUCCUGCUGAGUUUUAUGUGAAGGAGGAGACCGGAGACGAAAGACCGGAGUGCAUGACAACAGAGUUCUCAGAAUGGACGAAAUGCUCAGUAACCUGCGGUAAAGGCAUAAGGAUGCGCACAAGAGGCUAUAGGAUUCCAGAGAAAGCAGCGAUGAUGGGCUGCACUCGACAGCUCGUGUCCAAAGAGAUGUGCUUGGCCCCCGCUGGAGAAUGCUCAGGUGAAGAUUCGAGCUCCGGUAGCCUUAGUCCCUUCCCCGAUUUAAACGAAGCCGAAUGCUUAACGGGCGACUGGAGCGAAUGGUCAGAAUGCAGUUCAUCUUGUGGAAUGAGCUACAAAACUCGACGUCGUCAUCUACAAAAUCCAGCCAAUCGCAAAAAAUGUUUCCACGUCUCGUUGAUCGAUAAACAAAAGUGCGUAGCUCCACCGUGUAGCAGUAACGAGCAAGAAGAUGCUAUCUGUAGAGUAAGCGAUUGGUCAGAUUGGUCGCCGUGCAGUGCUUCUUGCGGUAAGGGUUUCAAGACGCGGGCGAGACUCUUAUUAGUAACACCUGAGGAAAGAACCGCGUGUUCAGCUAAAUUAGAACUUACGCAGCGUCGAGCUUGUCUUGAUCAGGCCGACUGUACUUUCGAUAUUGCUCAUGCCAAAGUUAUCUGUAAAGACAAGCCAGAGAAAGGACCCUGCCGAGGUUACUUUGAGCGAUGGGCAUUUGAUUCUGAAAAAGGCAAAUGCGUACCAUUCGCUUACGGUGGUUGCCGUGGAAACCGAAACAACUUUAAUACCUUUUCCGAAUGCUCAACGAUGUGUGACGUUGUGAAAGAGACGUCGAGUGGAAUCCAACCGACAGUUCGAUCAGUGGUACCUCGGCAAUUAUCCAAUGAUCGAAUAGCUACACGUGCUUUAGACGAGGUAUCUUCGGUAGAAGAGCCAAUUAAUUGUCAGGUGUCUAAUUGGUCUCCGUGGACCAAGUGUAGUGUCUCUUGUGGCAAUGGACGUGUCACCAGUACAAGAACCAUUAUUAGACAACCUGCUAAUGGUGGAAGGCGUUGUCCAAAACGAAUGACCCGACGUGCCAGGUGUCAACUUGCACCUUGUGAUUAACUCCCACUACUCAAGAAUAUCUAGUGUUAUCUGUACUAUUUUUGUGUUAUCAAUACUAUAAUUUUUUUGAACUAUCAUCUAAGUACUUAUAACGUGUAAGUUUGAUUCUUUUUUUAUAAAAACUUAAAGUUUUGAAUAGAAGUAAACAAUUUAAAGAAUUAAUACAUAUCUUAGUUUACGUGCAAAAGAUGUGAAGAAAAAAAUGUUUAUUUGUAAAGGUUACGUGACUUAACAAUAAGUACUUAUUCGUAUUAUAAAGGAAAAAUUGACAAUUUCGCUGAUGAAAAUAUCUACCAAAAUAUAUAUUUUUAUUUGAAAUGAACUAUGCAAGAUGUGUUUAUAUAUUUUUAAAUUAUGUGUUUAUAGAUGGAAUGACAAUUUUGUAAAGUACGGAAGGCAAUCAAAUAAAUUGAAGUAGUAGAAUAUACGGGAUUUUAUUGGUGGUCAGUUUUGUAUUGAACAAUUAGGUGUCGCCAAAAUGUAUUUCUUUUAAGUACGUAUGAUAGACGACUUAAAAGAACGUCUUAAAUAAUGCUUUUUUUUAUCUUUUUUUAUAAUUUUGAUUCCCGUAUUUUUUGUUCAUCAUUAUAUAUAUAGUCAUACCUCUUGAAGAUCACAUUUUUAUGCUUUCAUGGAAGAUACUAGUAUAUAAUAAAUUAAAAUGACUGAACUUUCAUUUUUACAGUUACAAUUUUUCAGGUUUUCAUUAUCUUAAAUCACGAUCAACGCGAUUUGUGUAUUCUAUUUUUGUUUUCUGUUCAACACUUAUAAAUAUUUUUAAAUUCAUUCGUAUUAUAUCAUUUACACUAAACACAAAAUUUUUUAAUUGUAAACUAUGAAUUACUUUAUCAAAGUGAUAAUAAAUUACUUGUCACUAAUAUAAGCGCAGUGCAAUACAUUUUUAUGCACAAUGAAAAAAAUUAAGCAAAACAUUAAAAUAAUCUUGUCUCACA